AUGUAACUUUACAGUCUACGACAACAUACACUACCAAUUAAACGUCAUAUGAUCCCUAUAAAGCAUGUCAUCAGAGCACCCCUCAUCUAAUAAUGCUUUUCUUGCAUAGCUGUUAUUAAACAACCAAAUCAAAGAGACGUAAUAAUAAUAUAAUAAUAAGAGGACAGUAAAAUAAUCCUCAUUUUAUAUACUCGCUUCUUUUUGUUUUACCUAAUAAUGCAUGUGAACUCCACCAGAACGAAGCAGGAAAGAAAUUACUUGUAAUUUUCUAUUAAUCUUCCCAGAAAGUAUCCAGUUUUUGUCUAUUUUAAACAAAUGCAAUGGUUGGUGGCGAACUAAGGACUUCAAAGACUUAACACAGUUCCCUACUCACUCUCAGGACUCAUUUCCUCAUCGCCAUAACCAAAUGAGUGAGUUCUAUCAAUCCUUUGAUAGAAUUUGUUCUUGAUUCUUGUGCGAUUGUGCCCGCGCCUGAAUGAGUGAGCUCUACCGAUCCUUUGCCAGAAUACAUUCUUGGGUUCCGCGACUAAGUUCUGUUAAUUUGACCGUUCGGUAGAAUUCAUUCUUGGAGUUCCACCGGAGAUACUCAUCAGCGGGGUCAAAGUAGGGAAGCUGGUUUCUUACAAGACAUGUUUGAUUCAAACUACAGCUUAUCAAGCUGGAGCACUGGGUUGCAGUUAGGCACACCAUGUUUCUGGGAAGAAGUCAGCAUAUUAAUCCAACUAGGGGUUCUUGGAAGCAUUUUAAUCAGCUUCAUACAGAAAAGAUGCCGACAUGGAUCACGAGUUGGAGAGGAAGGAGCAGAAAAGCACCCCAGUGGCAUGAGAUUUGGCUUUGUUUACAAAGCUGCAGUAGUCUGUUCUGUUUUAGUAGCAGGAAUUCACUUCUUGAUGCUUUGGACGGUGUUAAAUGGAUACGAGGCCCUUUGCAAAUCGAAAAUCUCAGUUCUCUCUAAAGAAAUUUUGUCAGAGAUAUCAUGGCUAAUCACAUUGCUUCUGGUUUUGAAUCUUCGAAACUCAAGGUCCUUGAAGCUACCAUGGAUUCUAAGAAUCUGGUGGAUUUCGAGCUUCAUAUUAUCUGUUGUCCAUACAACUCUAUAUACAAGUUACAUUCAUGCAAACCAUAUAUCGCUGAGCAUAGUAUAUUAUGUCAACUUCAUCGGCUUAAUCGUCUCAACAUACUUGGUAGGCAUUUCAAUUCAAGGAGCAACGGGCAUCAGCUUCAUCACCAAUAGCACUACAGAGCCACUACUGAACAAAAUUGAAAAUCAUUCAGAUGGAAAGAGGGAAGAGGAAUCACCUUAUCAAAGUGCUACUCUUCUCCAACUCAUCACUUUCUCCUGGCUUAAUCCAUUAUUCAAAGUUGGGUACAAGAAACCGCUCGAACAAGAAGAAAUCCCAGGCAUUGACGUCAAGGACUCUGCCAAAGUCCUCUCCCAUUCAUUUAACAACAGUCCAAAACAAGUCAAGGAGGCAGAAAACACCAGCAGCGCAUCCAUUUACAUGGCUAUCUUCCUGUUGAUCAGGAAAAAAGCAGCAAUCAAUGCAUUUUUCGCAGCAAUCCAUGCUGCAGUGUCAUAUGUUGGUCCAUACCUGAUCAAUGACUUUGUGGCAUUUUUAAGUCAGAAGAAGAAUGACAGCUUAAAGACGGGCUACAUUAUUGCAUUAGCAUUCAUAAGUGCCAAAAUGGUUGAAGUGACUGCACAAAGGCAAUGGAUUUUUGGGGCUCGCCAACUAGGUAUGCGUCUGAAAGGAGCUCUGAUAUCCCAGAUAUAUAAGAAGGGUCUUCAUCUGUCGAGUCAGUCAAGGCAAAGCCACAAUAGCGGAGGGAUGAUUAAUCUGAUGAGUGUAGAUACAAAGAGAAUCGCCGAUUUCAUAUGGUACAUGAACACAAUCUGGAUGCUGCCGAUCCAAAUUUCACUAGCCACCUAUAUCCUAUAUCUGAACUUAGGUCUUAGCGCAUAUGCAGGAUUAGCCGCAACAUUAAUGGUGAUGGUAGGCACCAUACCUCUUCAAAGAAUCCAGAAACGAUUGCAGUCAAAGAUCAUGGAAGCGAAGGACGAAAGAAUGAAUGCUACAUCAGAAAUUCUUCGAAACAUGAAAAUUCUUAAACUUCAGGCCUGGGAUAUGAAGUACGUCCUAAAGCUUGAAAACUUGAGAAAAAUCGAGUACAGCUGGUUAUGGAAGUCGUUACAGUUACAAGCACUCUGGGGUUUUAUCUUCUUGAUAUCCCCCACAUUUGUCUCUGUAGUGACCUUUGGAUCAUGCAUUUUACUGGGGAUUCCACUAACAGCUGGGAAAGUCUUAUCUGCAUUGGCAACUUUCAGAAUGUUACAAGAUUCAAUGUUCACUUUACCAGAUUCACUCUCUUGUAUUGCACAAGCUAAAGUUUCAGUAGAUAGGAUUGAAUCAUACCUCCAAGAAGAUGAAUUACAAGAUGAUGCAGUCAUUUUUGUUCCAAAAGAGACAUCAGAGGUAGAAAUCGAGAUUGAAAAUGGGAAAUUCAGUUGGGAUGUAAAAUCACAUUGCCCAACCCUCGAUGGAAUACAAAUAAAAGUUAAGAGAGGGAUGAAAGUUGCAAUUUGUGGGACUGUUGGGUCCGGGAAGUCAAGUUUACUCUCUUGCAUACUUGGAGAAAUCCCAAAGAUUUUAGGAGAAGUGAAAGUUAGUGGGACAAAAGCAUAUGUUCCUCAGUCCCCAUGGAUAUUAACUGGAAAUGUAAGAGACAACAUUCUCUUCGGGAAUCCAUAUGAUCAAGUCAAAUAUGAGAGAACAAUAGGAGCAUGUGCACUGUCGAAGGAUUUAGAGCUCUUCCAGGCUGGAGACCUGACAGAGAUAGGAGAAAGAGGAAUAAAUAUGAGUGGAGGCCAGAAACAAAGGAUACAACUUGCACGCGCUGCUUACCAAGAUGCCGACAUAUAUAUUCUAGAUGACCCAUUCAGUGCCGUUGAUGCUCAUACAGGAAGUCAACUUUUUGAGGAAUGUCUGAUGGGAAUCCUGAAAGAGAAGACUAUACUUUAUGUAACCAACCAAGUAGAGUUUCUUCCGGCAGCUGACCUAAUUCUGAUGAUGCAAGAAGGAAAAAUCAUACAAGCUGGAAGGUUCGAAGAACUUCUUGCACAGAAUAUAGGAUUUGAAUUGUUGGUUGGUGCACAUAGCGAAGCCCUAGAAUCAAUCCUCAAUGUCAAAAACUCAAGCAGAACACUAAAAAAGGUGCAUGCUAAAGUUGAAAAUGAUAUUCAUAACACAACAAAUAAACAGCUUCAAAAUGGUAAAAAAGAGAAUCUCUCACAAGAGAUAAUAGAGAAAGAAGGAAGAUUGACUCAAAAAGAAGAGAGAGAAAAAGGAAGCAUUGGCAAAGAAGUUUAUUGGUCAUACCUGACAAUGGUGUGGGGCGGGGCAUUGGUUCCAUUGAUUAUCUUAGCUCAAUUUAGUUUCGAUGUGUUACAAAUAGGGAGUAACUAUUGGAUAGCAUGGGCUUCACCUGUUACAACGAAUUCCAAGCCAGUUGUCAAGAUGAACAUCAUGUUCCUCGUUUACUUACUAAUCGCAGUAGGAAGUGCAAUUUGUAUAUUGUCCCGCAUGUUGCUAGUGGCAACAGCCGGCAUCUUGACAUCACAGAAACUCUUCAUGACCAUGCUACAUAGUGUGUUUAGGGCGCCAAUGUCUUUCUUCGAUUCAACUCCAACUGGAAGAAUUUUAAAUCGAGUGUCUACAGACCAAAGUGUGCUGGACUUGGAAUUAGCAAAGAGGGUAGGUUUUUGUGCUUUCUCGAUCAUUCAACUUCUGGGGACUGUCGCAGUCAUGUCCCAGGUAGCGUGGCAAGUAUUUGCCAUCUUCAUCCCGGUGACAGGGAUAUGCAUAUGGUACCAAAAAUACUACACACCAACUGCCAGAGAACUGGCACGCUUAUCCGGGAUUCAACAAGCUCCAAUCCUCCAUCACUUUGCAGAAUCACUUGCAGGAGUUGCAAUAAUCAGGGCAUACAACCAAGAGAGCCGCUUCGUGGAAAUGAACCUCGGACUCAUCGAUAACGAAUCAAGGCCAUGGUUCCACAACGUAGCAGCCAUGGAAUGGCUCUCCUUUAGACUGAACAUAUUGUCAAAUCUGGUGUUUGCAUUCUCACUAGUGAUACUUGUGAGCCUUCCUGAAGGGAUUCUCAACCCAAGUAUUGCAGGGGUAGCAGUGACAUAUGGACUGAAUCUGAAUAUACUUCAAGCAAAUGUUAUAUGGAACUUAUGCAACGCAGAGAAUAAAAUGAUCUCAGUAGAAAGGAUUUUACAGUAUUCAAAACUUACUAGUGAAGCCCCUUUGGUGAUUGAAGACAGUAGACCUCCAAGCAACUGGCCUGAGUUUGGAAAAAUUUGCUUCAGAAACCUGGAGGUUCGUUAUGCUGAACAUCUUCCAUCUAUCCUCAAAAACAUCAACUGCACAAUUCCGGGAAGAAAGAAAGUUGGUGUUGUAGGAAGGACAGGAAGCGGUAAAUCGACUCUAAUACAGGCUCUCUUUCGGACAGUAGAACCUAGAGAUGGAUGCAUUUUAAUCGAUGACAUUAAUAUUUGCAAGAUUGGCCUGCAUGACUUGAGAUCCAGGCUGAGCAUUAUACCUCAAGACCCAACAAUGUUUGAGGGAACAGUCAGACGAAACCUCGACCCAUUAGAACAAUUCUCCGACAAAGAAAUAUGGGAGGCUUUGCAUAAAUGUCAACUAGGUGAUCUAGUACGUGCUAAGGAAGAGAAGCUGGAUUCACCAGUGGUUGAUAAUGGAGAAAACUGGAGCGUGGGUCAGAGGCAGUUAUUCUGUCUUGGAAGGGCAUUAUUGAAGAAAAGUAGCAUUCUUAUUCUAGAUGAAGCAACCGCGUCUAUUGAUUCAGCUACAGAUGGAAUUUUACAAAAGAUCAUCAGCCAGGAGUUUGAAAACCGUACUGUUGUCACCAUAGCUCACAGAAUACACACAAUCAUAGACAGUGAUCUUGUUCUCGUCCUUAGUGAAGGAAGGAUAGCCGAAUAUGACACGCCAGCUAAGCUACUGGAAUGCGAGGAUUCAUUCUUCUCAAAGCUUAUAAAGGAGUACUCAAUGAGAUCCAAAGGUUCCUCAACAGCUUAGAGGAUAUAUAAGUUGUGGACAGGCCUAACUUUUCAAAUAAAAUUCUCCUAAGUGAAACGAAUCAAUAACUUCCCUGUAAUGCGAAGAAUGCUGCUCAUAAUUCUAGUCAUGUUACUGAAGAAGACCAUAAUUAUCAAUUAAAAUGCUUCAA